UUCGCGCUCGAAGUGUUAGCAUAUAGACUGAGUCUGUGGUGUAAGUCUAAGUAAAGAUGUCUGGCUGUCUGCUUCUUCACUGACUUUUCUCUUACAUUUAAUAUCAGUACGUACAUAUUUGCAAUGGCAGACCCACUGAUCUAUAUACUUGUCACUUUUACUGCUAAAAGUGGAGAAUUGGGCAUUGGCACAUUGGAGGCCAUAGCAGUGCCGAAAGAUUUCCAUGACCAAAGUUUCGAUCAUCAGCUCGAGCAAUUAAAAGGUUUUAUUGGAACAAAAAAAGUUAUUGGAAUCAAUUGGCCUAAGUUUCCCAGCAAUCCUGGUUGGAACCUACCAGUUCAGUCGACUACCAAAUCUAGAUCCCAAGUUCAACAUGAAGUGAGAUCAUGUAAAGUUAUCUCGUUCUCAGAGGACAGAGAUGUGGUGGUGGCAGUACGUGAUGCCAUGGUGCCUCCUAUCAGUGUCAAAAAGGCAGUAGAAAAAUCAACUCCGAAGUCAUCUGCAACUCAGAAACAUGGCACUGGCCAUAAAUCUACCUCUCCACCACGUAACUUGCCAGUUGAAAAGUCAGCAACAGUUAUUAGGAAGACCAUGGGCAUCUCAGAAGAAGACAUGGAAGGGUUAGAUUGCCAUUUGAUCACUGGGGAAAAUGAAGACAAGUCCGAUACAUCUGCUGACAGCAGCCUUGAUCAUGAUGAUAAUCAGCAACGAUUUUUUUCUUCAGAAUCAGAGGACGAAGAUUUGAUUCCUCCUACUCCACCUCCGCCUCCAAUGAAGAGAAAACGAGGCGAUCAGUCUUUCAAAUCAUCGAGCGACACCAAAUCUAAGAGAAAUUCAAGUCACAACAAGGAAAAUUCAUCUGUCACACCAAGAAGAAACGAAAAGUCAUCAGCAAAGAAUUCUGAUCCUCAGAUUCUUACUUCUUUGGACGUCAACAUAGUUGACACCCCCCCAAGUUCCACAACAAAAGAAAACCCGAAGCGUGUGCAGGACGAACAAUGGACGGAGCUAGUUGAUGCUGAGUUUCAUGGCCGUAAUGAAUACAUGGAUCAAAUUGAUGAGCUGAAAAAAGAAAUCUCGUUUCUCAACGAGCAAAUUCGGAAUUCUACCUUUGAUCUAGAAAUUGAGAGACGUGAUUUCGAUGACAGAAUUUCCGAAAAAGAUGCUACAAUUCUUCGCUUACAAGAAGAAGUAAAGUCCCUGAAAGAGAUGAAUCCCCUGGCCUUGUCCAAAAGUCUUAAUGAAGGGUUGGUUAUACUGCAGUCCACUUUGGAAACCUUGACAAUUAGUCAACUUAAUUCUGAACAAUCACGUGUUCAGUUGCAAAGUGAAAGCAGUAGAAGAACCAACAAAGUCAAGCUUCACAAAGAUUAUGACACAACUAUUAAUCAAAAUGAGCUAGCAAUCGCAGUGUCCUAUGGGAAGUCUGGUUCAAAAAAAAGGACAUGAGCAAAAUGAUCAAUGUGAUCAUGGAAGCACUGUGGGACAGGGAAUUCAUGUCCAAACACAGCCUUACCGGAAAGAAGGCACCCACUGACAAGUCAAAUAAUCCGGCGAAAGAGGCCCUUCCUAAGGAUGAUGUACAAGCAAUUACGAGUUUCGUUGUGGAGUUUUGGGCAACCAAACACAAGUUGGCAAUCGAUCCAUCCAUGGUCCACCCUUGCAUCACAUCCAAACUUCUAGGGGAGCAUACGGCUAACAAGUCAAGAGAGAAAUUGGUCGUGGAAGACGAUGACGAUGACCAACAAUUACAGCAAUAAAUUGGCGAAAAUUUCUUCAAGACCACG